AUGUACCCUUUGUGCGCUAUUUUGGAGAAUGGAGAACAGCAUACUGUGGUGCCCACUCUAGACCACAGCUCUGCUGAGAGCUUCCAGGAGUUGGGACACAGUCGCCAACCAGAAUGUAUAGGUUCACUGGAAGCAACACGAACAGACAUGGAUUUCGAUAAAGAAGUUGAGGAGGCGCGAGGUAGAAAUCCUAGUCCCUAA